AUGGAUAUAGAGAGUCAAAUUCGUGUGAAUGAAAAUGAUGAUGGUGUUGUUUCAGAGUGCGAAGAACGAUGUUCAAGUAAAAAUGAUGAUAACGAUACCCUUACCGCAUCACCUACUAGUUCAGUAUUGGGCCAUCAAGAAACACGCAAAUGCUUUCAGGUGCUAGAUAUAAUACUUGACAAUCUUCACCCCAUGCAUUUUGUGAUAACCAUGGGUGUUGGAAUUACAUCUGGUAUCCUAUACAACUUCCCGAUUGAGUGUAUAAGAUACGGUUCAAGAUACUUGGGUAUUGCGUACUUCUACAUUAACCUAACAUGCUUUAUUGUGAUCCACCUACUGUUCAUAAUGAAAUAUUUCUUUCUUUGUGACAGAUACAAGACCUCGUUUAAAGACGUACUUUAUGAUCACCGUUUGAAUGUAUUCCUCGGAUGCGAAGUCAUGGGCACAUCUACCUUGAUCAACAUGAUCUAUUUCAUGAAACCGGACUGGUACGUAUUUGUCUAUGUUCUCUGGUGGAUAAAUGUUGCUUUUAGUAUCCUUGUUGGUUGGGGAGUCACAUUUCUCAUGUUUGCGUGUAAUAAGAUUAAGCCAGAGGAUAUAAAUGCCACUAUUCUUCUACCAAUCGUGACUUUGACCGUUGUUGCUUCAACUGGAUCUCUAAUAUCUGUUUCUUUCAUGGACAAUCCCAAAUGGCAGAUCUCAUCAAACAUAAUCACAUUUCUGCUUUUCGCUAAUGCUGUUGUACUCUCAAUAUUCAUCGUUAGCGUCUAUUUCGAGCGACUUUUCAUACACGGAUUGCCACCGAAGCCGGCAAUUUACACCUGCUUUAUUCCAAUAGGUAUUCUCGGCCAAGGCGGUUGGGCAAUUCAAUUAAAUUACAAGGAUGUUGGCCAUUUUAUAGCUCACCACAGUGGUCUAAAAUGGAUGGGAUUGGGCACAGAUUACUCUCAAGAGAUAUUGUUAAGCAUUGAAUCAGUACUUAACUUUUUCGGUGUUUGCAUUGCUUUGGUUUUAGCAUCUGUCGGUGUCUGCUUUACAGUUAUCUCUUUCAUGUCUGUCAUUUACUGUGGAAAGCCACCAACAUUCAUAAGAACAAUGUGGGCAAGCACCUUCCCCCUUGGUACCAUGGCAUUGUCUUUUAACGAGAUGUUCAAGACUACAAACAUACAAGGAUUCCACAUUGUGGGUACAAUAUAUUCGGUUAUGCUUUUUCUCAUAACAACAUAUUGCCUGAUCAACACCGUCAUAUUUGAAAUUCCUUUCGGCAAGAUCAGGAAUGUUUGCCACCAGGACGCCACAAAGGUUACCGAAAACUGA